CUGGCACUCAACCUUGGAAAUCUUCCCGCAUCUUUCAAUUGGUACAAUCUAUUCUGCACUGUGCAGUGCCAAAACCAUGGUCCAGCUCAGCACCGAUCCGACAUUCCACUACCAAAUCAUCCGCGCCCUCGGCCUGGCCAGCUAUGGCGGUGCCGACGUCGGCGAAGUCCUCGCCACAGCCGACGAAAUCAAACCCGGAGACUUUGAAUCGUUCUAUGCUGCAUUCAACAAACGUGCCGAACGAGUCCUGACGCAGGCUCGACAGACGCGCCAUCCCGUCUCGAUCCGCGACGCCAUGUUCCGCGCCGCCACGUACUUCCGCCUGGCCGAUCUCUAUAUCCACAACAACUGGGACGACCCGCGAAUCCUGAGAAUAUGGGGAAAGCAGACCGAAUGCUUCGACCGGGCGAUGGCGCUUCUGCCGACCCCCGGCCAGCGGAAAGUGAUACCAGCUCCGGCCGGCUUCCAGGUCCCGACCAUCUUCUUCCCAGCCAGUAAAGACACCGACGAAAAGCGUCCGACGAUACUUAUGUGUAGUGGCCUAGACGGAUCCAUGGAGGAAAUGUACCAUGUACACGGCAUUGCGGCAUUACAGCGAGGUUUCCAUGUCGUUUGCUUCGAAGGGCCAGGACAGGUCUUUACACGCCGGUCUCAGGGACUCGGGUUUAUCCUGGAGUGGGAAAAGGUCGUCGCGCCCGUGCUUGACCACCUCGAAACUCUCUCCUAUGUCGACAUGGCCCAGGUUGGCCUGCUCGGGUAUUCGCUGAGCGGUCUUCUUGGAGCUCGGGCAGCGGCAUUCGAACACCGUCUGGCUGCCUUGUUUUGUGUAGACGGAAUGUACAGCCUAGCCAACACCCCGGUCUUCCCGACCGCAAUGGGUAUGCUCAGUCAGAGACUGGCGAACGCGGACGACGAAUCGCUCGACGCUCUAGUCCAUCAUCCCGACAUUCCGACGACACUGCGGUGGGCGCUUUCGCAUUGCAGGUGGGCCUUCAAAGUCAAGUCCCCCUUCGAGCUUGUCGAGAAGAUCAAACAGUUUACCAUCGCCGAUGUGGUCGCUAAGAUACAGUGCCCUGUUCUGGUGUGCGAUGCCGUGGAUGAUCAUUUGGCCAGGGGCCAGCCAAAGAUGCUCGUGGACGCGCUGGGGGACAAGGCCACGCAUAUGGUGUUUACGGCAGACGAUGCUGCGGAAAAGCAUUGUCAUCUGGGCGCUGCUAGAUUUUGCAAUCAGGCCAUUUAUGAUUGGUUUGAGGAGAGGAUCCUGAAGAAGUGAAGAAUGGCUGAUUUCACUGCAUGGUAGAUACGAGAUUUGUUGAUGGGUUCCCGCAUCGUAGAGAUCUUCAGUACACGAGAGUACUAGUAUCUCACCAAUACGCGGCAUUAGAGGAUUCGGUCUCUGACAUCGCAGUCCUGUGUUUGGGACAAGAAUCAUCAUUUUCCC